AUGUCUUUAUUUGAAGGCGGUGAUAGACGUCGUUAUAAUCUACCUUCACAUGAUGAAGUUGCAGUUGUAUUUGUUGGCGAAGAUGGUGCUCCCCCAACUUCCAGGAAAGUUGUUAUUUACCCAAGAGGUCAUCCUUUAAAAAUUGUAUCAAGCAAAGUUGUAACGCAUGUUCAGGUUAUUGAGUUUCAAAAGCAUGGUUUGCCGCAUGCCCACAUUUUACUUCAUUUAGCAAACGAUGAUAAACUUGAAACAUCACAGGAUAUCGAUAAUUUGACUUGUGCAGAAAUUCCAGAUCCGAUAGUUAAUUGUGAACUUUAUGAUAUUAUCAAAACUUGCAUGAUUCACGGCCCAUGUGGGAUACUGAAUUCAAAUUCUCCCUGCAUGAAAGAUGGGGUGUGCAGCAAAAAAUAUCCUAAAGAUUUUAAUGCCAACACAGUAGCUGUUCACAAUGGUUAUCCGCGCUAUAGGCGUCGUGAUAAUGGGUUGGUUAUCAAUAUUAAAGGCAAUAAUGUAGAUAACUGUUGGGUGGUACCUUAUAAUCCUUGGUUAUCAAAGAAAUAUCAAGCCCACAUUAAUGUUGAAGCUUGCAUGUCUGUGAAGGCUGUUAAAUAUUUGUAUAAAUACAUAUACAAAGGGCAUGAUUGUGCGAAUGUUUUGAUAAAUGAACAGGUUAAUCACGAUGAAAUAAACACUUUCUUAGAUUGUCGUUAUGUUAGUGCACCUGAGGCGCUGUGGCGAAUAUUUGAGUAUCCCAUAAGUCAUAUGUCACACUCUAUUAUCCGUCUUAAGGUUCAUCUUCCUGAGAAUCAGAUUGUGUAUUUUAGAGAAGGAGAAGAACAAGUGGCGUUAGAUCGUGCUGCUCAACGUGAUACACACCUUACGGCCUGGUUUAAAUUGAAUUCUGAAAAUGAAGGAGCCAAUCGCUAUUCAUAUGUUGACAUUCCAUAUCACUUUAUGUUACUUUUACAAGCAAAAGGAGCAAAAUCUUGGGAGGAUUUGCGUACUGUUAAUGGAAUAGUUCUUGAAACCUUUCGUGAAGCGUGUGUUUUUAAUGGUUUGUUGCAAGAUGACACUGAAUGGCAGAAUACUCUUUCUGAGGCAGUUUUAACGCGAAUGCCUAAGCAAAUCAGGCAGCUGUUUUCAAUUAUUUUAACCUUUUGUGAACCUGAUGACCCUUUGCAUCUUUGGAAUUCGUACAAAGCCUUUAUGAUGGAGGAUUUCAUUCAUCGCCAAGUUCCAUUUAUAUUAGCUGAACAAGCUACUCUUCUUCAAAUCGAAAAGAUUAUUAAUCAAAGUGGUAAAACGCUAUCUGAUUAUAAUUUGCCUGUUGUUGAUGAAUUCAUAGAUUUUAAUCUAGAAAAUUAA